AUGAACGAAAUCUCCGGAUUUCAACAAAAAGGUCUAGAGAGCUUCAGUGAAGCAUGGGAAAGGUUCAAGGGUUAUUGGUCUCAGUGCCCUCAUCAUGGUUUCAGCAACGAGAGCUUGCUUAGCACCUUCUAUAGAGGAGCCUUACCACAGUGCAGAAACAGGCUUGAUACUGCCAGCAAUGGUUUCUUCUUGGGGAGAACUGAAGAAGAAGCAGAGGAACUGGUGGAGAACAUGGCUAAGAGCGACUCAGUCUACAGCGAGGAGCAUGAUAGGGUCAACAGAAAUGAUGAUCAACAGACAAAGAAAGAGAUCAAGUCCUUGCAGGAGAAGAUGGACUUGCUUCUUUCUAACCAAGCUAAACAAGAGCAGGUCAACUUUGUGGGUGGUCCUAUUCAAGAGAUUCCUCCCAAGAUUAAUGAGUACAACAACUACCAGCAAAAGUCCUACUCAAACAACCAGCAAGGAGGAUACCAGCAGAGGCAAAACACUCAGCAAGGGAGCUAUCAGCCUAGGCAAAACACCCCUCCUGGUUUCAACAAUAACAACAAUCAGUCUACUCAAGCUCAAGGAAGUUCUUCACAAUCUCCAGCUUCAGAUACAAGUGUGGAUGCAAUGUUCAAGAAACUUUUGGAUUUUCAGGCCAAGAAUGAGAAGACAAUGGGUUAUGAGUUCACGAAAAUUCACUCCAAGAUUGAUGGAAGUUACAAUGAGCUCAACAACAAGAUCCGCCAUUUGGAGAAUCAGUUUGCUUCAAUGAACUCUCAGCCAAGUCGCCAACAAGGGGCAUUACCUGGAAAGCCAGAGCAAAAUCCCAAGGAGACAAUGAAAGCCAUCACCCUUAGGAGUGGAAAACAGCUACCACCAAGAACUCUCAUUAGGGAUAAUGAGAAGCAAGAUGGGGAGGUGGUCAUCAAUGUGGAUGAUGAUGUAGUUAUUAUGGAUGAGAAGACCAAUGAAGAGAUCUUGGAGAAAAUAGUUGAAGCAAAAGGAAAGGGUAAAAUUGGAGAAGAAAAGAAGGGGGAGAACAAGAAUGAAGUUGCUACUUCAUCAAAAGAAGCUCUAUUCAAUCCUCCUCCCUAUGAACCAAAACUUUCUUUUCCUGGUAGAUUCAAGAGACAGCUUUUGGAGCAAUACAAGGCUUUAUUUGAGAAACAAAUGAGUGAAGUUCAGAUUACUAUGCCCAUAAUUGAUGCCUUCAUGCUAGUGCCUCAAUACAGCAAGUUCCUCAAGGAUGCUGUAACUAAGAAGAAGAAGGAGAUGGAAGGCAUGGUGGUUCUUACUCAUGAGUGUAGUGCUAUUAUCCAAAGGCUAACCAUCCCUAAGAAGCUUGAAGAUCCAGGAAGCUUUACUUUACCUUGUGCCAUUGGGCAAUUUACUUUUGAGAGGUGUCUAUGCGAUUUGGGAGCAAGUGUGAGCCUUAUGCCUCUCUCCAUUGCUAAAAGGCUUGGCUUUACACAAUACAAGAAGUGUAGACUCUCUCUUGUGCUAGCUGAUCGCUCAGUGAAGAUUCCCAUUGGUAUCCUAGAAGAUCUCCCUGUUAUGGUUGGAAAUUGUGAGAUUCCUACAGAUUUUGUGGUGUUAGAGAUGGAUGAAGAACCAACAGAUCCUUUGAUAUUGGGGAGACCUUUCUUGGCUACAGCAGGAGCAGUUGUGAAUGUUAAGGAAGGGAAGAUUGAUCUUCACCUUGGAAAGGGAAACAUUCUUCACUUUGACAUCAAGGAGGUGAUGAAGAAGCCUAUUACUCAAAGCCAAGCAUUCUACAUUGAGGAGAUGGAGGUUUUAGCUGAUGAACUUCUAGAGGAGUUGGCACUUGAAGACUCUCUACAACAUGCCUUAACAAUUGAGAGAGAGGUCCAAAUGGUUGAGAACAAGGAAAGUGAUGCUUAUGUGAAGAUGCUGUACUCUCACAGGGAGAUAGUGAUGAAGAACAGAAUGAGGAGCUUUCAUAUGAGGAUCACCAUGCUUCCUCAGCUACUCAACAAGAGAAUCUCCAAGAGGAUGAUUGGAGUGAACUCAAAGCACCAAAAGUGGAGCUUAAACCUCUUCCCCAUGGUGUAA